UGCUGGGAUUACAGGUGUGAGGCACCACACCUGGCCUUGUUUUUAUAUUAUUAAGUAUAUUUUUCCUGUCAGACAAAAGUCUGAGAAUUAGCUAGUAAAUUCUAGCUUCAACUUGUGGUUUUGAGUGUGUAAUAAAAUUCCCCAAGGACGUAUGGUGAUUCAGCCCCAGGAAUUAUUCAGAAAUUAAUUUCAAAAGCAUAUAAUCCAGAAUAAAAGUAAAAAAUUUUUAAACGAAAGACAGAGAGAGCACGCACACAAUUCACUUGCUUCAGAAACAAUAAAAAAAAAAAUGAGAUCCUCUGUACUUUUACUAUUAAAGAAUGUCAUAGAAAUGACAGGCUUAAUGACUGAAACCUUUGAGGUAAUUAUACUGCCAGGACAGUUAAAUAUGAUAACGCAAUGUUAGACCGGAGAAGCAUAGUAAUGUUGGCAUAGUCUGUGCAUUGUCGGUUGUUCAAACAUUGUCUUACUAGUAUAAUACAGCAGUUAAAAAUAUCUUUUUAUAUUUUUUCUUAAUAAUGCUGUAUAUAACUGAUUUAAAAUGCCAAUAUGCUGCUCUGAGUUCCUCACAGGAGCCGCAAGUUUUUACUUUGAACAAUCUGUUUUUUAAAUUGAAUGUUAAAAUUAGAAGUUUAUCAUUUUGCCUUUGAUCCUUUACUUUUAUCAGAAAGUAAGAGCCAUUCAUUCUGGAAUGCCAUUGGUUGAAGAAAAUAAAAUAUUUCCUAUACUAUUUUUUUAAUGUGAUAUUUGGACAAAAUGUGAUACUUACUAGUAAGAGGCUGAUAAAUGUAUGUUGCACCCCAUAGUUGUCCCUCAGUAUCCCUUGGGGCUUGGUUUCAGGAUCUCCCACAAAUCUAUGCAUGCUCAAGUGUCUGAUGUAGAAUGGUGUAGUUUUUUGUCAUUGCAUACAUUGUGCUAUUUGUAUAUAACCCCUGCACAUCCUCCCGUACACUUUAAAUCAUCUUUAGAUUACUUAUAAUACCCAACACCAUGUAAAUGCUAAGUGAAUAGUUGUCAUACUGUAUCAUUUAGGGAAUAAUGAUAAGGAAAAAACGUCUGUAGAUGUUCAGUACAGACACAUUUAAAAAAAAAUAUUUUCAAUCCACAGUCAGUUGAAUCCAUGGAUACAGAACCCAUGGAUACGGAGGGUUGACUGUAUAUUAACUUUGUAACUUCUUACUCACUGAUUAAAUGCUUUCAUUACUGAGAUUUCCUAAAAUAAACUCCUGAAAAUGUAAAAUGGUUAAGUUUGAGAUAAGCAAUGUAAUUAAGAAUAAUUUAAAGACUAUUUCUGGGACUGGAAGUUAUUGGAUGUGAACCUUAAUUCCUAAUAAGCAACUAUGUAUCCUCAAAUCUCGAAAAUUGAAAAUAAUAAUAAAGAUCUUGAAAAUUUCUAAAUCAAAUGCCUGGGCCAACUUGAUGGCAAAUAUGUGUAGACAUCAAUAGAGCCAGCAAUGAGCAAAGAUGCAAAGAAGGAAACAACUGUAAUACCAUAAGAUCUUCUGCCUUCACUUGCAGCAUCACGAGGUGGAGGGGUAAUAUGGAAAUUGCAAAUAUAGCUAAUGUUUAUCAAUCAUUUACAUGUACCAGGCACCAAACUAAUUAUUCAUUCAUUCCCUCAACAAAUAUUUAUGAAGCACUUACCAUGUGCCAGAAACUGUCUAGACAUGUGGGACACUACAGAUGAGCCAGGUAGACAAGAUUUUCUGUCCUUUUGUAGUUUCUAUUUUAGUAGAAGCCACAUAAAUAAGUAAAUAAUGAUCUCAAAAGUACUAUGGAUAAUAAAAAGAGUAGAGUAAGAAAUUUGGAGGGUGCCAAGUAGAGGAGAGUAGUUGCAACUUGAAAUCUGUGGGCCUCAUUGAGAAGGUAAACAUUUGAACAAAAGUGUAGGAGAGAAGAGUGCUCCAGGUAGAGACAAUAGCUUGUACAUGACCUAGGGUGGAGAGUGCUCCUGUGCUCAAUAUGCUACAUGGAAGCCAUUGUGUCCAUAAAGGAGUGACCAGAGAAUUGGGGGAAAAGAGAGGGAAGAAGAAGAGGUCAGAGAAGCCAUUAAAGGCAAAACUAUAAAUAUAAGUUGAAGAUAGAGCCAACUGGAUUUCCUGCUAAUUGGGUACACAUGCAAGUGAAGGAGUGGAGUCCAUCAUAUAUCCCAAAAUUAUAGCUUGAGCAACUGAAAGGAUGAAAUUGCCAUCAGGUAAGACAGAGAAAGAAACAAGUGGAGAAGACUGAGUAGAACAUUCAAUUUCAAUUUUUCUUUUAUCUGAAAACAAAUUAGAGAUUUGAUGAGCUUUAUUUGAUGAUUUUUCAUGAAUUUGAGAUGUCUGUGGGAAAUUCAAAUGGAGGAUCAGGUAGGCAUCUUGAUAUAUGAAUCUAGAGUUCAGGAGUGAUCUAUUCUGGAAACACAUAAUUGGUAACUUUGCACAUAUAUGUGGAACAAAAUUGGGUAUGUGAACCAGGUACUAAGCUCUGGGACACCUGAAUCUUGACUGCUAAAGAAGAAUGGGCAUUACCAAGAAUGGAGCAGAGAAAGAGUGACCAGAAACGGAGAAAACUAAGAGAAGGUGGUAUCUUGACCUAAGAGCAGAAAUUUUAUGAAGGACAAGGGAAGAAAGCAAUUGCAUCAAACACCAUUCAUAAGUAAAGGAAGAGUGAAUAAGAUGAAGACUGAGAAUUGACCUUUAAACUUGGGAAGUAGAAGAGUUUCAUGAAGUAGCAAGGGAAAGUGGCCAACUGAAAUGUAUGUAAUAGGCAUAGAAGUAGAAAAAGUGAAGAAAGUGAACAUGUAGACCACUAGUUCAGAGAGUUUUGCUGCAAAGUGAAAUACAGGAGUGAAUCAGUAGAUGGCAGGGACAUGGAGUCAAGAGAAGUUUGAUAACUUCUUUUAAGAUGAGAGACGUCUUUGUAUUGUGAUGGGAAUAAUCCCAUAGAAAGUGAAAAAAAAUGAUGAUAGAACAGGGCUCAAUUUUUUUUAUUAGUCACAAGGUGAUGGGACUUACUGUACAAAUCAAGGGAUUGGUUCUCAUAGGAAUAAAGCUUAUCCUGUCUGUGGCAACAGGCAGGAAAGCAUGGCAUAUGGGUACAGAUGCUGCUAGGUCUGAACAGAAGGGAGUAGAAGCACAUAUGUGGAAUAAAAGUGAGCUGACAUUCUCUUCUUUACAUAUAUCGUCAGCAGUCAACAUGCCCAGCAACUGGGGAAACCUGUGAGUACCAAGACCCUGAAGGAGGGAGCUGGGUGAUGCCCUACAGGGUCCACUACAGUGACUUACCAAGCAAAAAAAUUAUGACAUCAACAUCCAAAGGAAUUCUUCGCCCAUUUUUAAUUGUCUGCAUUAUCCUGGGCUGUUUCAUGGCAUGUCUUCUCAUUUACAUCAAACCUACCAACAGCUGGAUCUUCAGUCCAAUGGAAUCAGCCAGCUCUGUGCUGAAAAUGAAAAACUUCUUCUCCACCAAAACUGAUUAUUUUAAUGAAACUACUAUUCUGGUGUGGGUGUGGCCAUUUGGGCAGACCUUUGACCUUACAUCCUGCCAAGCAAUGUUCAACAUCCAAGGAUGCCAUCUCACAACGGACCGUUCACUGUACAACAAAUCCCAUGCAGUUCUGAUCCAUCACCGAGACAUCAGUUGGGAUCUGACAAAUUUACCUCAGCAAGCUAGGCCACCCUUCCAGAAAUGGAUUUGGAUGAAUUUGGAGUCACCAACUCACACUCCUCAAAAGAGUGGCAUUGAGCACUUGUUUAACCUGACUUUGACUUAUCGCCGCGACUCAGAUAUCCAAGUGCCUUAUGGCUUCUUGACGGUGAGCACAAAUCCCUUUGUGUUUGAAGUGCCAAGCAAAGAGAAGUUGGUGUGCUGGGUUGUGAGUAACUGGAACCCUGAGCAUGCCAGGGUCAAGUAUUACAAUGAGCUAAGCAAAAGCAUUGAAAUCCAUACCUAUGGGCAAGCAUUUGGAGAAUAUGUCAAUGAUAAAAAUUUGAUUCCUACCAUAUCUACUUGUAAAUUUUAUCUUUCCUUUGAAAAUUCAAUCCACAAGGAUUACAUCACGGAAAAGCUCUACAAUGCUUUUCUGGCUGGCUCUGUACCUGUUGUUCUGGGACCAUCUAGAGAAAACUAUGAGAAUUACAUUCCAGCAGAUUCAUUCAUUCAUGUGGAAGAUUAUAACUCUCCCAGUGAGCUAGCAAAGUAUCUGAAGGAAGUCGACAAAAACAAUAAGUUAUACCUUAGUUACUUUAACUGGAGGAAGGAUUUCACUGUAAAUCUUCCACGAUUUUGGGAAUCACAUGCCUGCUUGGCUUGUGAUCAUGUGAAAAGGCAUCAAGAAUAUAAAUCUGUUGGUAAUUUAGAGAAAUGGUUUUGGAAUUAAAAUUUUUCAUCACUUGCACACUUGAUAAAUAUUUUGAUGAAGUAUCAUCCAAGUAUUGAGGAUAAGAAGAGAUGCAACAUACUACUAUUGUGUCACAAUUUAUUUUUAUCUCCCUCUCUAGGGUAACAUGUAUAUUUUGGUGGAGAUUUUUAAAAGCUCAGCAUGAGCAAUCAUUCCAUUUGGUUUUAAAUUAUCCUGUAUAUACCUAAUUAUGUGCACUGGAGAGUAAUUUAUUCUUCAUUAUCAUUUGUAAACAUUGUUUUUUCACAUUUUUGUAGUUGUCUAUAAUGUAAGCUUGUGGUUUGAUUAUUGUUUCUACACUGAUCAGCUGUUUAAUCUAUUUGGGAAAUGAAGAUGCACAUCUUAAAGAAUGAAAAAUUUUCACUGAGUAUUAUAAUGUCUAGUUCCAACUUUGCAUACUAUAACAAAGGAAGAACAUGUUGCUAUUGAAUUCUAACCUCUUUGACUCUGAAGUUGAACGAAGUGUUUAACUGUCUCUAUUUGAUCUAUUUUUUACCUGUUUACCACAUUUGUGAAGGUGAAAUUGUUCAUGGAGUGAAUUAGAAAUAUACAAAGCAGAACUGUUCUAUUCAGAAAGCUAUUAGACUUCUCAUUUAUUUUCAUUAAGGUGAUUUGCAGCUACUUAUUCUCAUGAUCUUAAAUUAUUCAAGUAUUUUUAAAUAUCCAAUUUGUUGUGAUUUUCAGCACCUGGGAAGUAAUCCCAAUAAUACUUUAGAAAAUCGAAGACAGUUCUCUUUCUGCUACUGAUAACACUCAUUGUCAUAAUAAAACAAAUGAUUUCCUCAAAUAACAAAGAAAAAUGAUACCUAUAAAUAUAUUUAUAAAUGGUGUCAUUUAUGAAGAAUGUUUAAUUACUUACCAAUUUAAGAUUUUUUUUCUGAAGCCCUAUUAUUUAAAAUCGUCUUAUUUUACCAUAUGGAUAUAAGAUUUGGCUCAUAAUGAUGAGCCCUAUCAUUUGAUUUGAGUUCUAUCAUUUCAGAGAGCCUAAAUAAAAUUAUCACCAAGGAAUUAAAUAUAAGAUGUUAAAUAUAAUAAAGUGGGGAUAUAUAGAAAACACACAGUGUUAGCACAGAGUAAGAUUUCAAUGCACAUUUGUUGGAUGAAUAAAUAAAUGCAAUUGAAUUCACAGAAAAAUGUUUGUUUGUUUCAAGGAAGUGACAGUUCUACUUUAGAAGUACUAAUUGGAGAUGACUUUUAUAUCCCAUUUUGAUAAUUAUUCAUACAUAGCACAUACGACCAUGAUGUUCAGGGCUUUACAGAACCAAAAUAAACCUACCAUUACAUGAAAAUUUUGAAGAGUAUAUUCCUGAACUUGCAGCUGCCUAUAGCAUUCUCCUCCAUAAGGCUAGAGAAGAGGAGAGCUGGAUAUAAGCAGAGACAGUAGGUGAAAAAAAGACGGGCCACUAAGGAUUCUUCAAGGAAAGCAUUCCUCAAAAUAAUCUUUAGUGCCUUUAUUCCAUUCAGGCCAAAAAUCCAUCCAAAAAUUAGAAUGUUCGGAGGACAUCCAUUUGGGUCUAUUUGUGACUUUUUCUAGUAGUCCUAUCACAAGUUGACAUCAGCAAAAUUCAAAAAGAAUUCAGUCAAAAGGGCGUAGAUCCAGCUACCCAGACUAUUUUGUGAGAGAAUAAACUCACCCUAGUACCAGAAAGAUUUGAGCAGAGGAAUAUUCUUGUAAUGAAUAGAGGAUUGUUUGAUUCUCAGGUAUAUUUCUUAAGCCAAAAUUGAAUGCAGUGUCAGACACUGCCUUAACACCCACAGAGAUAAGAUGAACAAGGUACUAUCACUGCCUAAAAUGAGCUUACAAUUAACUGGACAGACAUAUAAAAACUUCUUUUCAAUAAAGUCUGAGACUGUUUACAUGCAUGUGCUACUCUCAAUGAAGUUUGUAUGAGUCAAUGCUGAUUUAAUGGGGCAAAAAAGUAGCAAAUUUCCCCAAUUGCUUAGCUGUUUGACAUGUUUCUGAGUUGCAAACUUUGUUAACUCUUUUGACCCAAUAUAUUGUUCUCUCUGUAUUACCUCUUCUAACCACAAUGCAUUAAGAAAUAAUAUUUUUAUGUGGAUGUUCUCCUCAAUAAGUAAAGAUCUCCAUCCAUAUUUAAUUAAUUGGUAAGACAGUCAAAUUCAUACAUUUACAUUUAUUUGUCAAAUUUUUGACCUGUAAAAAGCAUAGAGAUCUAAAGAGGAUACACUGCUAACAAGUUUAGAAAGCACCUGCUUUUUUUUGUUGUUUGUUUUGUUUUUUGUGAUGGAGUCUCACUCUGUCACCCAAGCUGGAGUGCAGUGG